CAAACGGUUCAGAGCGGUGACAUUUGACAGUGUUCUACUUGGUCCUGAUAGAAUUAUUUCUAUGGAAACAGGUGCCCCCUAUCUUCUGUCGCUUUAUAGUUAACAUGAGAUGAACAGAGCUAGAAAAUAAUGUGUUUCUGAUUUACCGGCGCGCGCUUUGAUAGCUGUAUUGAUUUUAGUGUAUUUCCUAGGUCAUAAAACCCGGUCUAGAUUUGAGCUCAAGUACGCUUUACUCGCGUUUCGACACCCGUGAAGUUAUGUUCGGUCAUUGUCAUACACAAUAUUAAUUCAAAUAAUAAAAAUGAAUUAUACAUUGCCAGUGUUGUCGUUGCUAUUGUUCUUGAAUUCUUUUCUCCUGUGUUCAUGUAACGAUGAUAACGAUGAAAAGAAACUUCCGACUGUGGGCAUAACGUCUCUGGUUCGUAACCAAGCUCAUACAUUGCCCCAAUUUCUUACUUCACUCAUGAAUUUGGACUAUCCGAAAGAUAGGAUAUUCUUAUGGUUCCGCAGUGACUACAACAGCGAUCAUUCAGUUGAUGUUUUGCGUGAUUUUGUAAAUAAAUUCGGAACCUUAUACAACAGAGUACAUCUUUCAUAUAACACGUCUAAACAAAAGUUCGACGAUGAAUUGUCACCGACCCAUUGGAGCCAUAGUCGAUUUAUGCAUUUGAUUAAGUGGAGGGAAAUGGGAAUUAAAUUUGCGAAGCGACAAUGGGCCGAUUAUGUAUUUAUGCUGGACGCAGAUGUGUUUCUCACGAACCCCCAGACGCUACGGCAUCUCAUCCAAAAACAACUCCGUGUGGUGGCGCCAAUGCUCGUCUCAGAUCGAUAUUACUCCAACUUCUGGUUGUCCGUUGACGACGACUUCAACUAUCGUCUAAAUCACGAGGAUGAAUUCUAUCCAUUAUAUGAGUACAACGAAUUGUACAUGGGAUGUCAUAUAGUUCCAGUGAUAUACGGGGCGGUACUAAUGGAUCUUCGAUCAAAGAAAUCGGACUAUAUAACCUAUGAUCCCUACAAAAUAGUCGAUUACUUGGGCCCGCUGCAGGACCACAUUAUAUUUGCCGUGAACGCCAUGAGGAACAAUAUAUCGCUACACAUUUGCAACGACGAUUUCUUCGGUUACAUCACCCGGCCAAUAAAAGAAGGCGAACCACUUGAAAGGGAUGUAUUGCAUCUCACCAACCUGAAGCUGUCAGCGAUUGCACGCAGCAAGCCGCUUCAAUACCACUACAAGCUACAGCGUUUUGUGUACUACCCUCCUUCUCUGGAUUACCAAGUCGACAAGAUUUAUAUGAUCAACCUCGAACGAAGACCCGAUAAAAGGAAGCUGAUGGAACAGAGCUUCAAGGAAUUGGGCAUGAAUGUUACACGUGUUGAAGCUGUCGACGGCAAGAGCCUGGAUCCGAAAAAACUUCAAAAUAUGAACGUUACCUUGAUGCCUGGAUAUGAAGAUGCCUACUAUAAACGCCCUAUGACCUACGGCGAGAUCGGAUGUUUCUUGAGCCAUUACAAGAUUUGGGUCGAGGUUGCGGAGAGAAACCACAACAGAGUGUUGAUUUUGGAAGACGACGUUAAUUUCUUGCCUUAUUUCAAGGAAAACUAUGAUACGAUUAUAUGGGAGUCUUCUGUUCUGAAACAUGAUUUUAUCUACCUCGGCCGCAAAAUUAUGAUGGAUAAGGUUGAGAUUAGAAUGACGACGCAUCUCACUAAGCCGCUGUACUCUUACUGGACCAUUGGUUACAUUAUAACAAAAUUGGGUGCUGAGAAACUGAUCGAGGCUAAACCUUUGAGCAAAUUGUUACCAGUCGAUGAGUUCCUACCUAUUAUGUUCGAUCAACAUCCAGAUAAAAAAUAUAAAGAAUUCUUCCCCAAUCGGAAUCUGAACGCGCUGGCUGCGAGUCCAUCUAUCAUUUCACCGACACACUACACGGGCAUGCCGGGAUACAUCAGUGACACUGAAGAUUCUAUCCCUCUGUCUACUGAGCCCUGCACUGAUAAUCCAGAACUUUAAAUAUACAGACAUAUAUUAUGUGUCUUUAGUAUAUGCUUAGUGUUUAUUGAUGUUAACUUCAAGUAUCAUAUUAAUUAAUUCCAUAUAUUAGUAUGUCAAUUUUAUAUGACGUUAUAUAUCAGCCGUUAGGGUAUUAGUAGUAUGAUGUAACGAAUGACGUACUAGGAACAUAUUUAAAAACUAUAUUGAAAAUGUCGCUAUAAUCUUUGUCGUUAACUUUCAAAUACUGUCUGUUUAUAUACGUGUAGGGUUAAUUAACAUAUUUGAUGUACCAUUUAAGUUCGUUCUAUAUAGGUAUAUAAUAAAAAUUUCCGGAAAACAAAAUAUCGGUGGCGAGCUGGGGUUUAUUAUAAAGUUUUAAGCAUCCCCAUCGAUCCUAUUUGUGUCAAAAAAAGUUUUAGGCGGUCAAAAGGUCAAAUUUUGUUUUUUUUUUGCAUUUUUCUCAAGAACAGUAAUGAGUCUUAUCACGAAAAAAAAUCAAUCCAAAGUUGUAGUUGUUAAACAAUUGUGGUUUGAGGUUUUUUUGAUAAAAUAUACUGUGUAAAAAAAAAAAACAAAAAACCUUAAAUAUUGACCUUUGACCGCGAAAAAUUUUUGGUGCACACAUACGAUCGAUGGGGGAUUUUAAUUUUGGGCUGCCCGGGAAUUUUUGUUAUUCGACGUCUAUCUUUAUAUCUAAAUUCAGCUGACUAUUUAAUCAAUCUCGGUGUUGCAUACAGCAUAUUAAUAUUGAAGCGGUUUUAAAUGUAUUGUGACUGGUAGCAAGAUAUAAUUAAAAAAAAAAAAACAAAAAACAAAAAAACAAAAAAAAAUGUAUAAAAUGUCCCGUAUUUUAUGUUAUGGAGUUAAACUCUUAAUUUGUUUUUAUUUCUUGGAGCUUUUACUAGAUAUUGAUGAUGAAAAUCAAAAUUGAAUCUCAUCUCAGCCCAAAAGUUCGUAAGGCUGAUAUAUUUAGACUCGUAUUGAGACAAUAUCAUUAACUUAAAACUGCUUUUAUAUAUGGUUUUUAUGUAACUUUAGCUAUUUAAGUUUAGUUUGAGCUCACGCGAAUUUUGUAGGAAUGGGUGAAACCUGAAGGGCUAUGGCGUAAACGUUGUGCUUACGAACUAUAUUUGAAAUUAGGAAAAUUAAGAGAUAAAUAUGGGUGCUGUAAUGAAAAUAAAAUAUAGGAAUACGAAUGAGGUACCGCAAAGGUUAAAGAGAUGAUUUUUAAAAGUAACGUAAAGUUGUCGGUAGUGGAGAAAAUCAUGAACUGUUCGAGUUGUGACAGAAGGCUUGAGGCUAUCCAUACAUAUAAUGUCCAUAAAAAAACAGGACCUUUUUAUAACUUAUAUAUUAUAAUAUCCACGUACUUUAAUUAGUGUUUAAAAUUCAGUGACUGAUUAUAUUUAACUUUGUGUCAUAUCAAAAGCGUGAUUGUGGGCCAUAUUAUUAAAAAAAAUAUGUAUUUUGUAAACGAUCCUCUUUAAUAUAUUUUUAUAUAUUUUUUUUUAAAUUUCAUUAAGAUAUCUACCUACUUCGUACUUUUAACUAUAAAAUUGGUUUAAUGUAUUUUAAAAAAUAAUAUCUUACAUAUUAUAAGAAUAUGUAUGUUAUGCCAAAGUACCGACGAGUCAAAGUGUGCCAUACGUAAGUAAGUAUAUUAGGUACCUAAGUAAGUUAUGCAAGGUAUGAAAUGAAUUUACACAAACGGCUGAAGAUGUCUGAUGUUUUAUAGUUAUCGAGAAUUCGUAUCCCUAAAUAUGUUUAUUAAUUUUUAUAAUGUUACUUUCACCUAUUAAGAAAUAUAAUUUUUUUAAGUU